AUUUUUUGACACCUGGGUUUGAAAUUGAAGAGCUAGAGGAUGAAAGUGCUGAAGAAAAUGAUGAGGAAAGUGAGAGGUCUGAGAUGAAUUAUGUGGCAUUUAAACUUGAAAUUGGUAAUAAAUUUGAAGACUGGGAUUUAGCCGAAAGACAGGUUCAGAAUCAUGCGAUGGAAGCUGAGAAUUCAGAAAAGUAUUGUGCAAAAAAAAAGGCUGAUACAGAAAAUGUUCGAGAAUGUGAAAAUAUAAAGCUGAAUUAUAUGCUUAAGGAAGUUGAAUUUCUUGUGAAUAUUGGUUGUGGAGCAAGCAUAAUUAUUUGUGGGCUACAGAAGUGUUUUCCUAAUGCAAUAAUCUACCCUAAAAAUGUUUAUCAUGCUAUUAAUAUGUUUAAGUGUAGUAAUAAGGUUUUAAGAACUGAUGCAUCUGAAACAUAUGAUAAGUUAAUGCAGCUUCAGUAUAAAGAAAAUGGUUGGUUUGUUGAAAGGGUUGAAAGUUAUAAUGCACUAAUAAAACAAACAAUAAAGAGCACCACAACGUUAUUUGAACUCGAUACACAAAUUCAGCUGCAACUUGAUAGGGAAGAACAGUUUGAGCGGCAAGAGGAGCAAAGUAAUAAAAAUCUGACUGUUGGUCUGCUGAAUAUUACUGACAGAUACUUCAAAAAAAUUGAUAUCAUGAUUAAGAAGUAUUUAACCCCACGAGUUUUGAAAAUGCAAUGCUGUCAGAUGAGUGAAAGUUUGCUUUAUUGUACUAGCAAAGUUGAAAAUUGGAAUGAUUUACUUGACUAUAGGGAAAAUGUCACUAAUAAUAAUGAGUUAGAAGAAAAUGCUGAAGGUUAUGAAUCUGAAUUGGAAGAGGAUGCUGAUAAUAGUAAAUUAGAGAAACAAAACUAUAAACGAAAUAAUGCUGCUAAGUUCGAGUUUGCUGAAGAUGAUUAUGAGUCAGCUUUGCUGAACUUAAAUUCCUUGAUUGCAUAUCUUGAUCAUGCCAAUGUUCAUGAAAGAGCAAUUAAUUUGGCUCUUCAAAUGGGUUGUAAAGAUGAAAUAAAUCAAAUAUUGCAACAUUGGAUUAAAGAAAAAGAAAAGAAAAUCUGUGAUGAGCAACUAGAAGAUGAACUAGAAUUUAGUAAAGAAAACCGACCAUGUAUUAGCAAUCCUUAUCAAACACGUAUAAAAGGUGCCCAAAAGAAACACAAGAACAUAUUAAAUGAUGUUACUAAAGAUCACAAAAAAAUAAUUCAGCAACAAAACAAUAAAUCAAUUAGGACUUCCAGAAGUAAUGUUAUAGAAUCACAAAGUAAGGCUUCUAGUUUUUACCAUGGAAAAAAAUAUAUGUGUAGUUAUUACAAAG